AUGUCUCACGAUACAGUCUACUUCUCGCGCCCUCGCAACAUGGGCAAAGCUGCCAUCGGCUGCCGUGUGACCGGCGACAAGAAGAAGAGCGGCGUCAUCCGCAAGUACGGACUGAACAUGUCGAGGCAAGCAUUCCGCGAGAAGGCGGCGGACAUCGGGUUCCAGAAGGUGAGUCGUUCCGAUUCGAGAAAGUUGGAAAAAGGGAAUUCGACGAGGGCGUGA